ACUCGUGAGCUACUUAUAAAUGGAGCGCUUACUUUUGAACCGGUCAUCGGUAGCGCGAUUUGCACACGUCCUUUCAUCAUUUUUGGUAAGGGUGGGCACGAAGUAAUGACUAACUAAGGCAGCGAAACCUCUCUAAGGUUUGCCGUAGAGUUGGGUACUGUCGCGCCAGUCUACCCCUCACUCCUCCAAAACGGGGGUCUCUCUGAGACUGUCAUGAGGUAAGGAAGCAUUUGUAAUCAGAAUACACCCGAGAGGGAAGCCUUGUGUUAGGGCCUUCACCAGGACGAGAAUCUCUUUAAGUGAGAGGUGGGGAUUAUCAUUAGGCCGUAAUUCACUGCAGAAACUCGUCGUCUUUUGGCAAACGUGAUGGCAUGCUGUGGCGUUCGGGUCAUCGGAAGGAGAGGGGAUCUGCUGUGGUUUGUCUUCGCGACUGCGUUGCUGCUGGCCAAUUUUCCUUCUGUGCCUUGCGCAGUUUCGGGCCAGACUCACCCGGGGAACCGUGACAAAGUUCGACCUGACGGGACAAGAGAUCCAGAAAUCAACGAAGUGAUGAUAGAUCCACUACGGUACGAGGCUAGCUCUGUAGGACAUGGACUCGGUGCGAUCUCCCCGCGGAAAGUCACGGGGGACACGGAGGGAAACAGAGUUUCUGGUGGUGAACCAUCGAAAGGCAAGCAGACAUCACGUGAUCGGAUGCCAAUCCUCGUCGGCAGAAAAAGGCGAGAGAACCCCAAACUCAGAUCACCAGACGAGCCAAUGGGAGCGCAUCUACCACAGAGGCCGUGGCUUGGCAACGAUUGCACGCGCGUCCAACCCCCGUCCAAUCCUACCGUAGUCGCUGGUAUCAUAGGCGGGGCACUAGCCUUCUUCCUGGUGGUAGUUCUGACCAUAGUGUACUGCUCCUACCGCAACCACCCUCCGUCAGACACGAGGAAGAGACUAGCGGAGAUGUACGCUUACAUGCGAGGACUGGAGGAGGUGUGGGUGGGCGUGGCCAAUACCGGAACCAACGUGGAUACUGAGAGUGCUAAAUACCAGGAAUGGCAGAAGAUGAACAAAGGCUACAUGGUGGUCUGAACAAAGUCCUCUCAAAAUGAACAAUGCCUCUGAGCUGAACAAAAGAGGGCGCUAUAACGACCCUAUUAUUUGGAUAGGCUAUACAAGCAGUAGAAAUAAUGCUACUGAGUACUUUACUUCAGUCCAUAAAUAAAAGACUGUGAAAAAAAUUUGAAUCAUGGUAAAUGUAAUUCUGUCAAACUUGGAGUCACGGGGUUUAUUUACCCCUCCCCAAAUGACGGUCGUCACAACGCCCCCAAUCGGUGGCCUGUUGUCAUUGUGGAUGGCACUCUCAUUUCACAACCGUGAACAAAGAUGGUUACAUUUUGACCAGGACUCCCAUAACAAGGACACAAACUGACUUUCUUAGCAAUCGCACGAGUGCACUAGCACCAUCAUUGCACACUGCGUCCAUUUUGUGUCCAGCUUCAUUUCGGACAGCGUUGUGUGCACAUAGCGCCCUCUGUUGAUACGCAGAGACGCCCUCGUUGGUGUUUUCGGUGCCUCAGUGUCUUGAAUGAACGUGAUAUUGACUGUAAAACGGUCUUUUUAAGUAAUAAUAAUGUGAAUAAAGCAGACAAAUUUCUUCUGUCUUCUGUAUUGUAAGAGACAUAUUUGAUAAUGAAUU